AAUGAGACGUUACUGACAGUUGGACACAGAGAUUAACAAUAGACAGCUAUUUCUGUCAAUAAAAAGGUAACUGCUGCUAUUCUGAUGCUCCCUUAGAUGGGGUCAAACAACUGAGUUUAUAGAAGCUAUGUGGUAACAGCUCCACUGUGUUCACUGACUGAAGACACGUCAUCAUGGUGAGCAUACCGGACUGGGCCAGGUUCUCACGCCUGCAUGACAUUCAGUUCAACAAGAAUGACCCCAACUCCCAUCUACAGAAGUACUACAAACAACGUGAGGAGGAGGCGAUCCGACAGGCAGAACGCCAUGGAUACUUCAUCGUGCCCGAGGAGAAGUUCAUACUGGAGCAUUGCAGGGCCGCUAACAAGAAGGCCAAAAAGCUGAGUCAGCUGUUUUUCAUACAGUUGAAUGGACUUCAUUUGCGGAAAGUUGGUGAAAUCAGCAUGUGUUUGAAUCUCCAGAUAUGUAACCUUAGCAACAACUUCCUCUCCAAGAUAGAACCCCUAGCAGGAUGUCGUCAGCUUGUCAAGCUGGAUCUCCAUAGCAACCAGUUGUCUAGUAUACCUGGAAUGGCAUUCUGGUCUGGGUUUCGCCGACUAAAAUUCCUGCAUCUCCAUGACAACCCAGUGGGCAAGUUUGAAACAAUUCACAGCCUGGGUACCUGUCCUUGUCUGAUUGGCUUGACCCUGUAUGACACUCCUCUCAGUCUCCGCAAGAACUACCGGCAUCACGUUGUCAACUCCGUGUGGACCCUGCGAGUCCUUGACCACCAUGUUGUGUCUGACGAAGAGAUCAUUGAGGAUUCCAACUUCGCGGGGGUGUUUGCCACAAUGCAUCCUUCCUUGUACAUCGAGCUGUGUCUUCCUGGAAUGGAGGAAAACACGUACGAGGAUGAGGUGUGGCUGAUGCAGCACAUAGAGGCUCGCAUCAAUGUCAUCCAGGCCCACCGCUCCCCCGUCCUCAUCAUACAGCGAUACUACCGCGGAUACAUCUCUCGGAAAAGACACAGUCUUGGUAUUCAGCGUCACAUCAAGAAGGGCAUGCAAGCUACAUCCUCCGAGCUCCUCCCACCUCCACCAUCUACACCUAUGAACAAUGCUGCACGGAGCUUGCAGGACCUGGGGCCUGAUGGGAUAUCUAUGGACUAUGAUACCUACAUGAAACAUCGCCGCCCAGGAUCCAACAUCCACAGCGAGACCACAGUAGCCUCAGUACCCCACCAGUCUCUUGUUGGGAGUCUUGAUGACCAAGGGGAGACGUCAGCUGCUGGACAGGGAAACAUGACAGACUCUCCUCACAAAAAGACAAACAUUGUCAUCAAUCUUGCCAAACUCCAGAGUGGGACAUUCCAGAGUCUGCAGGAAGAUGCAGUUGCCAUAGAAACCAUUUUCUCGAUGGAUGCCAAUGAUAGAAGCACUUAUACAGAAUCUGUCCGCAGACCAAGGAGGAAGAAGAAACAAGACAAGCCCAGGAAGGUGAAAAGUGUGAAGCAGUUCUUUGGCCCAAUGGUUGAGACAGUAGAGGAGGAGGAUCAGGUAGAAGUGGGUGAGGAUGACUCGCCAAUCACCCAUUACCGUCUCCGUGGCAAGCGGCCAAACAUUCACCUGGUGGACACAACUACGGAAAUGAUUCUAGAGCGAAAGGAAGCUGGGAGGCAGGUUCGGGAGGCAGAAGCUGAACAUCACCGCAAGAUCAUGGACGCGCCUCUCCCCAGAAUUGUAUUGCCCAAACACACCACAACGGAUCAAAGAAUAUUUGCACGGGUCCAUGGCACUAUGGGAAUGUCCUGUCUGUUUGCUGUACAGAAAGCGUACAAGGACCGUGAGAAGGCAGAAAAAGCUGCUGCGAAGAUGGAGUAUAUCUUAAACAUGCGUGAAGAACGAAUGCGCGCAAGAGACAGGAUAAAUAUGUAUCAUGAGGAAAAGAGGAACCAAGCUUUGAAGAAGAGAGACAGAGACAGGGUCCGCAUGUUGGAUUCUUUAGAAAGGCAUGAGCUGCAGAGGUUGAACUACCUUGACAAGCGCCAGGAGAUAAAGAACAAGGCAACUGAUUUUGUCAAGAGUCACAAAAUCGACCGUGGUUUUGUGACAGAGUUCAACAACCAGCACACAUCAGUAUCCAAUGCCCUGCUGCGUCAUGACAGACAGGCCAAGGUGGAGGACCUGGUUCAGUCCAAGAAGUCCUUCGUCCUUGACAAGAAGUGUCACCAGGGGGAGCAGCAGGCCAUGGUCAGAAAGUUCAUGGAGCAUCGGCAGCUGAUGAGACAGAGCGAGACUUCAACCACACGAGCUGCUCUAGGCACAAGGCUUCUCCAGGAGACUAACGAGAGGUUCAUAGAAGCUCAGCAACGUGUUUCCCAUUUGAAGACAAGGAGGGCCACAGUGCAAGCCUUCUAUCCCUUGCCACCCAAUAAUGUUCCGAAUUCUGCCACUUCAGCCCCUCCUGGCAUCAGCAGAUGGGAAGCCUCUGCUAUACUGCCUGCUGGCAGAAUUGGUCGACAUCAUACCAUGGUGACAUGAUCAAACUUCUUGUCCUAAAGUUGAUCUUACCACCAUUGCAUGAUGUGUCAGUUCAACUGCAGUAAUUCCUUCUCAGAUGUGAGAGGACUUUUUCUAAGUGAGAGUUGCUGAUAUUUUUAUGAAUGUGUUUGUUUAUUCUAUUACUUUCAAACUGCUGAAAUUCCGUAAUUGUGCCUAUAUUAUACUGUUCAGUAUUGCUUACCUGUAAAAUAUCUUGCCUUAACUUUUAAGUAUCAAUGUUUGAAAAUGAAGUCAACUAUUUCAUGUCAUUUAUAAAGGAAAGGUGUAAUUAUUUAAAAGUUCGUUAAUUUAAUCUAUAUUGAAAAUGGAGCAUGAUGUGGACCAGCAUAUCAAAGUCACCAUGGUUACUGAUAUAUGUGAGUGGAAACACUCUUGCCAGUAGUGGGAGAACAUAUUUACCUAUAACCUAAUUUCCUCUUUUUGAGGUACACUUCUGGAGUUUGUGAUACUUUAAUCAUCUGUUGCAAGCUUUUGAAAACUUUUGUAAAACAUAAUGUAGUUUAGGUUUGGAGUUUGUUAUUUGUGUUUUGUUUUGAUAAUAUGAAUUUUGAAUUUAAAAAAUUAUCUGUUCAGAAAACACUGUUAAGAAUCCAACGGGUUGGGUUUGAGUAGCAAGUAUUUCUUCCAUGAUUCUUAGUAUAAUCAAGUAUCUUCAUGGCAUCUACAGUGGGAGAUUUUCAUAAAAGGUUCAUGAAAUUCAAUACUGUAAUCUGUAACUGAUAUGAAAAAGUGUGCCAUUAGUUAUAAUUACAGUGAGACCUCCUCCCCUUGGUAAGGGUGGCAAACACAUUUAGAUUUAAAUGGUCAGUUGGCAAGGUAAAAUCAUGAGGAUUCGCAAUCUUAAUUUCAUCUUAUUCGAUUUACUUUUUUGUUUAAAUUGACAUUAUCGGUACGUUUUCAGUGCAAACAGACUAUAGUGUCUGAUCUAUGAGGUUCAGGAUUACAUGGUAUCACUGUACUUUCUAGCUCAGCAGAACCUGACCUGUGACUACCUGCUCUGAAGUAAAACUCUGAGUGGUGUCCAUUGAGUUAAAUAAGCAUUCCAUGACUGUGCCAGUAUUUACAGCCCUUAUGUGUGGUGUAGCCAGUAGCUAUUUGUAAGUUAUACAUGGUGCUGCUAUAAUUAUAAUGCACCUUUAGACAUCCUUCCGAAGUCUGCAGAACCUGAACUUAGCACUAACACUGUUAUGUUCAUUAGAUGUGGUACCAUUGUAUGGUAUCACCAUGGAUACUAUCAUAGAGUUUUGCCAUGGAUACCAUCAUAGAGUAUUGCUGUGGAUACCAUCAUGUAGUAUCACGAUGGAUACCAUCAUGUAGUAUCACGAUGGAUACCAUCAUGUAGUAGCACCAAGGAUACCAUCAUAGAGUAUCGCUAUGGAUACCAUCAUGUAGUAUCACAAUGGAUACUAAUAUAGAGUAUUGCUGUGGAUACCAUUAUGUAGUAUCACGAUGGAUACCAUCAUGUAGUAGCACCAAGGAUACCAUCAUAGAGUAUCGCUAUGGAUACCAUCAUGAGUAUCACGAUGGAUACUAAUAUAGAGUUUCGCCAUGGAUACCAUUAUGUAGUAUCACGAUGGAUACUAAUAUAGAGUAUCGCCAUGGAAUCCAUCAUGUAGUAUCUACCGUGUGUGUAGGAUACCAUCAUAGAGUAUCACGAUGGAUACCAUCAUGUAGUAUCACGAUGGAUACUAAUAUAGAGUUUCGCCAUGGAUACCAUUAUGUAGUAUCACGAUGGAUACUGAUAUAGAGUAUCGCCAUGGAAUCCAUCAUGUAGUAUCUACCG